AUGGCACAUUGGCGAUGCAUGUCAGCUUUAUGUUGUCAACCCCAGGCCAAGUGCCUUCACUUGGCCAUCACUGUCACAGCGCACAAUUCUCGGGCUUCUGAAAUCGUACAGCCGUUGCUUGCUCUUGCUCCAGUUUCCCGAGUCGUUCUUCAUCCAACCCCGGUAGCGGACGGGCCUUUGCUUCUUCUCAUGCAGCACCCGGCUAUAGCCUAUCCCAAGCAUCCCAAGAACAGCAUCCUUGGGACUGUCCAGAUGCAAGAAAGUUGGAAGUUACUUUGCUUCAUGAUCAGCCCUUUGGAACUAAGCGGUUUUCUCGCAACGCCUAGAGUUCUUAGCCCUGGACAACAAAAAUCUGUCUCAUCGCUUGAUGCUUUACUCUCCGUUGGGAGGCAUCCUUCGAGAAGCCGGUGUCUGUUGGUGUGGGAAACGACGCAGACUCAGUCACAGCCCCCAAACUUCCAACUGCCUGCUCGUUCUCCUCCACCCACAUCUCAAUUUCCGUCAUCUCACCUCAUCAUCAACCCUGCAGUGUGCGUUGGAGCUACCACAACUGACGUCCCAUCUCUCAUCUCACUCUCAUCCUCUUCGGCCCCACGAGGCGGUGUCACUAUGCAAAACUCUUUGAAUCCUCCCGAAGAGAAGGGAAAAUGCAAGCCCAGCUGCGUCUGGAUGAUGAUGGAGCACCUCAUCCCACCUCAUCAAACAGAGCCCUUCUUGACUGCGAUUGCGAUCAAAGGCAGCAGCAUAUGGCCGGGCCCACCUGUCAGAAUGGACCGACAAGGCUCCCGGGUUUCUCUCGAGCCAUAUCCCGGCCGCCAUAUGCAACCAUCGCCAAUGGCGCACAGCCGUAACCCCCAAUGUUGGUCGGAGACGCCAGUUCUGCGCCAUCACCUCGAGCUGAGCCAACUUGGCUGCAGUGGCCAACCCCGAAGUAGCGACCAGGCAAGGUAUUCGUAA